AUGAGUUCAGACGAGGAAGAUUUUAAUGAUAUCUAUGAUACCAAGGAUGAGAGCAAAGUUGAUGCUAAGGAUGAUGUGAAAGCGGAGGAGAAGGUUCCUGAGGCUGCCACAAGUGCGCUUGAUCAGCUGGCGGCAUUACAAGCCAGUUCUGCUAACCCUGACAGCAAUAAAGACGAUGCUGCUAAGAUGCCAUGGGAGACAUUGCAAAAUACUCUCAACCAAUUACAGACUGUGACUAAAGAAGAGUCACCAGAUAAGAGUAAAGAGGAAAAGAGUAGUAAUGCUAGUGUAGAUAGUGGCACCAAUGUACAGAGCGGCAAUACUGGCGAUAGGACAGUCAAAGCUGACCUGUCAAAGGACAGUUGUAAAAUGUUUAUUGGUGGUUUGAACUGGGAAACAACAGAGGAUGGUCUGCGCGAUUAUUUUAGUAAAUAUGGUAAAGUUGAAGAAUUGAAGAUUAUGAAAGAUCCAGCCACUGGUAGAUCUCGUGGUUUUGGUUUCUUGACUUUUGAAUCCGCAUCUUCUGUGGAUGAAGUUGUAAAGACCCAACAUAUUUUGGAUGGUAAAGUUAUCGAUCCUAAAAGAGCCAUUCCAAGAGAAGAACAAGAUAAGACUGGUAAGAUUUUUGUAGGUGGUAUCGGUCCAGAUGUGAGACCUAAAGAAUUCGAAGAAUUUUUCGCACAAUGGGGUACUAUCAUUGAUGCGCAGCUGAUGUUGGAUAAAGAUACUGGUAGAUCUAGAGGAUUUGGAUUCAUUACAUAUGAUACACCAGAUGCUGUAGAUAAGGUCUGUCAGAAUAAAUUCAUCGACUUUAAAGGAAGAAAAAUAGAAAUCAAAAGGGCCGCUCCAAGACAUCUUCAAAAAACUGGUGGUGCGCGCCAACCAGCACAACAAAGCUCUAAUUCACAAUAUGGCAUGGGCACAGGAAGUAAUAGCAGUGGUCAAUAUCCAGGUUACGGCUUCCAGGAUCCUAUGAUGUUUUCGAACCCAAUGAUGAGUGGUUACAACCCUAUGUUUGCUAAUAACAACCCUCAGAUGCAAGAGUACUUCCAAAAAAUGCAAGACUACUAUAAACAGGUUCAACAACAAGGUGGUAUGGAUUACAACCAGAUGUAUCAACAACAGAUGCAGCAAAUGGCUAUGAUGAUGCCUGGUUUCAACCCUUCCACUAUGGGUCAGCAAUCGCAAGGUAGCCCUGAUGCCAACUCAACUAAGAGCCAAAGUAACGAAGCUUCGACACCAACACCAGAUGAUCAAGAUAGAGGUAACAAAGAUUCUUCAAGAAGAUCCGGUGGUCCAGGUGGUUUCCGCGGUCGUCCAAAUGAUAGCAGAAGAGGUUAUCAUCCAUACAAUAGGUAG